AUGGGACAAACCCAGCAAAGGCAGGAACCCCAUGAGGAACUUGAGUUGGACAGCAUUCAGGACCUCUACAAGUCUUUUAUCACGGAGUGCCCGAGUGGAUCUUUGCACCUGCAUGAGUUCAAGAGGAUGUUUGGAGUUCAAAGCGGUACACCGGAGUCUCAGUACAUGGAUAACAUUUUUCGGGCGUUCGACAUGAACCAUGACAAUACAAUGGACUUCAUAGAAUAUGUGGCUGCUCUUCAUCUUGUUCUGAGAGGAAAACUUGAAGAUAAGCUGAGGUGGUCUUUCAAAGUGUUCGACAGCGAUGACAAUGGUCGACUAGACAGGCGUGAACUGCGGAAGAUUGUCAGGAUCAUCUACAAGAUAAAGAACAGUUCCAUCUGCGAUGAAACAGGCAAAGAGAGACUCACGUCUGAGCAGGUGUGUGAUCGCAUAUUUCAAGAGGUCGACAUCAACAGUGAUGGACAGAUUACUCUGGAUGAGUUUCUGAAUGGAGCACAGAAAAGUCAGUGGCUGCAGAGCUUCCUGACACUUGAUAUCAAUCCGACUGGAUGGGUACAAAGAUACAUGUGUGACAGGAGAAUUUUAGCUGCCAAAGAUUCUUAA